ACCGUGUUCAUCGUCAGCGUAGAUGUGAACAAUAAAGGCAGGACGUGGUCUGGAGCAUGUGUUCGAAGACCAAGAGACUCCCGAGUCCCAACUUUGAGGCGACCUCUCCUACCAUCGUGGCCUCACCUCCGUUCACCAGCAGCACAACGCCACCCCGCUCCGGUGGGAAGUCGGGGUUCGAGGAGGUAGGGUGGAGAUGGGCCAGGGGGUGAGCUGCGCCAGCUCGAGCUUCGAGCAUGACUUCUUCUCGGCAGUCCAAGCUGGGAAAUUGGAUGUGGUGGACUGCUUCCUUAGAGAAGACCCAGCUCUUCUGCAUCGCACCACCAUCUACGACCGUCUGUCCGCGCUCCACAUCGCCGCGGCAAAUGGCUGCCUCGAGGUUUUAUCUAUGCUGCUGGUCCGAUCUGUGAGUCCUGACGUCGUGAAUCGAGAUAAACAGACCCCGCUGAUGCUGGCUGCGAUGCAUGGAGAGAAAGAAAGUGUGCAAAAACUACUCGAUUCGGGGGCAAAUGUCUUGAUGUUUGAUUCAGUGAACGGAAGAACAUGCCUGCACUAUGCUGCUUAUUAUGGUCACUCAGAUUGUUUGCAGGCAAUCUUAUCGGCAGCAAAAUCCGCGCAAGUCACUGAUUCUUGGGGAUUCUUGCGGUUUGUAAACUUGAGGGAUGGCACAGGGGCGACGCCCUUGCACCUCGCUUCCAGGCAAAAAUGCCCUAAGUGUGUCCAUAUUCUUUUAGAAUGUGGGGCUCUCGUCUGUGCUUCAACUGGCCGAUAUGGUUUUCCUGGAAGCACGCCACUACACUUUGCAGCUCGUGGGGGAAAUUUGGGCUGUGUUCGUGAAUUGCUUUCACGAGGUGCUGAUCGGCUUCAAAGGGAUGCAUCAGGGAGACUACCAUAUGAGGUUGCAUUGAAGCAAAAUCAUGGCGCAUGUGCAGCUCUACUGAACCCAUCUGCAGUGGAGCCUCUAGUUUGGCCGUCUGCAUUAAAGUUCAUUAGUGAACUUGAUCUAGACACAAAAGCUCUACUGGAGGCAACUCUGAUGGAGAGCAACAGAGAAAGGGAAUCGAAGGUCCUGACAGCAACAACACAAUCCUUGACAUCUCCUGCUUGUUCAGAUAAAGCAUUUGAUGAUGAUAUUUCUGAGGACGAUGACAUGGAUCUGUGUGCCAUCUGCUUCGACCGAGUUUGCAGCAUCGAGGUUAAAGAUUGUAGGCAUCAGAUGUGUUCCCAAUGCACGCUUGCCUUGUGCUGCUACAGCAAGCCAAAUCCCACAAACUUGUGCUCGGCAUCACCUACUUGCCCCUUUUGCCGUAGCAACAUUUCUAAGCUGGCAACCAUCAAGGAGAAAGACGGUGAAAGCCAUGACAACACCUCAAAGACUUCCAAGCACAGGAAGCCGAGGAAGACCCAGAAUUGCAGCGAGGGUACUAGUGGCUUCAACGUGCUAUCUACAGCUAUGGGGUCAUUUGGAAGAGUAAUUAAUAGGAGUGACAAUGUGGACAAGCUUUAGCAUUAUUGCAUUUCAAAAGGCAACCGGCCACAGCAUGGAAGACAGAAAAAUAAGGUGGUUGGCAAGGUUCGGGCAGUUACAACUUCUUGUGUUCUGAAUCACUAGUAAAAUAUAAUUAAUCCUCCGACAGUUUUGUGUUGGUUAGCACCUUUUUGAGCCACAAGUAAUGUCUAACAGAAGGAACAUACAAGUUCAUCGUUAGCCUCGAGAAACCAAUGUGGAAUACUGAAAAGCAAUUCAACAAAUGCCUGCCCUCCACGAGGAAAGAACUACUGUCAAUUAAUGGUUCAAUGUACAUGGGAACACUGAUGUAUGUUGGUUAUCAUGUGACUGCUUCAGUGCAAUUGCGCAUGGCAGAUGGGCUUCAUUGUCUCAGUACUUUUCUAUUUAACGUGGCAAGCAUAUUGUCAGUAGUAA